CGUCACUGACUCCACAGUCCUUGACAGAUUAAAGAUGGCGCCCUCUCAUGCGCUGAGGUGCUGCAAGCGUACUGUGAACUGGAUACCUGUCCUGUUUAUCAACCUGGUUGUGGGAUGGUCUUACUAUGCUUACGUCGUGGAGCUUUGUGUUUAUACAAUCCCAAACAAUGCAGAGCGAAUCAGCUACUUGGUCAUCUUCCACAUUUUCUUCUUCAUGUUCAUAUGGUCUUACUGGAAAACUAUCUGGACAAGACCGGCGGAACCAUCAAAAGCGUUCACCCUGCCAAGAGCGGAGAAAGAACUGUUCGAAAGAGAAGAGCGAGCGGAGAUGCAACAAGAAAUUUUGAAGAAAGUGGCGAGGAAUUUACCUGUUUACACACGCACAGCAGGAGGAGCUAUUCGAUACUGUGACCACUGCCAGGUAGUUAAACCUGACCGAUGCCAUCACUGCUCCACCUGUGAGACGUGUGUGCUCAAAAUGGACCAUCACUGUCCCUGGGUAAAUAACUGUGUUGGCUUCUCCAACUACAAGUACUUCGUCUUGUUUUUGACAUACGCCUCACUCUACUGUGCAGUAAUAUGUGCUACAGUCGCCCAGUACUUCAUCAAAUUCUGGACCAAACAGCUUCCUGACACACAUUCAGCCAAAUUCCACAUAUUGUUCCUGUUCUUUGUGGCAGCGCUGUUCUUCAUCAGCAUCUUGUCGCUCCUCAGCUACCACCUCUGGCUUGUAGGCAAGAACAGGACCACCAUAGAGGCUUUUAGGGCUCCAGUGUUCACAAAUGGUCCAGACAAAAAUGGAUUUUCUCUUGGCUUCAAGCGGAAUGUAGCUGAGGUGUUUGGGGAUGAAGCCAAGUACUUUAUAUUUCCUGUUUUUUCCAGCAGUCUGGGGGACGGACAUUCAUUUGUUACCAGGUUGGUGCACAUCGACCCUGAACAGGCAAACAGUGUCCUGCAGCAAAAUGGCAAAAGUCCUUUCAUGGAGGAAACAAGCCCUAAUGUGCUGGCCAAUGAUACCCAACACAUAGUGGAUGAAGACAAGGAGAAAAAUGGCGGAGUCCAGAUAGCGUCGGUGGCCAUGGAAAGCGAGCAAUAAAAGCAGGUCAAAUCAGGCACAACAGUAAAGACCUCACACGCUGCCUUGACCAUCAGCACGUCCACAGGAGCCGGCCCCUGUCCUAAGCUAGGCUUUAACUGUCUCAUUGUUCCUUUUUAUUUAAUGACUUUGCACACUGCCGACACUGCUCUGAAUGGCACCCAUUUGGAGUAGCAGUAGCAGUGUGAUCCAGAGUUGAUACACAGGUUUUGUGUUUUGUUUUGGUCCAAAGACAUUAACAGCAUUCUGGUACUGCUUUAUUCUCCGAGCCAAGGUGUGUUUUUAACUCUACGAUUUAGUAUUACACUAGCAUCAAUAAUUACACCUAGUUAGCCUCAGUCAGACUUAAUCAUUUCUUAUUAAUGGAUCAGGAGUGAGGACUACUGCCAACCAUGUGUGCAAUAUGUCUGACAAGAUUCAGCACAGGAAAGUCACUUUUUAUCUGGUUUCAGUUUACAUCACAUAAUUUUUAUGUUUACAAUGUCAAAUUAUGUAUUUUUAUAUGUACAUCAAGUGUAUUGGUGUGAGAACUGGAUGAAGUUUAACUGCUAUGAAAUAGUAAUAAUAGUAACGUCCCAUUCCACGUACAUAUUUUAACACCUAGCUACCAACAACUGCACUAUUAACAUUUGUAAAUUAUUGACAUUGCAUGAAAAUGUGAAUAUAAUACUUGGACGUUGUUGUUGAAAAAUGAAUUGAAAUCCUAUUUUGAAAAAAUACUGUAAUAAAAACUAAAUUGCUA